AUGGCGGGAAUGCCCUUCAAGGUGAAAGCCAUCUACGAGUACACCAGCCAGCAUGACGACGAUCUGAAGUUUCCCAUUGGCCAGGUCAUCAAUGUCACGGAGCUUGAGGGCGACGACUGGUAUGUGGGUGACUACACGGAUGCCUCCGGGGCGAAACAUGAUGGGUUGUUUCCCAAGAACUUUGUAGAACGAUAUGAGCCAGAAGUGCCAUCGAGACCUGCGAGGGCAGCGCGGCCAAAGUCAAUGCUUCAGCAGUCUCAACCACCACAAGCACAAGCAGUCCCUCAGCCUACUCGUGGACAGGAAGAUGAGGAGCAAGAGGAUGUACCCGUCGUACCGGCGGCUUCUAAGCCACAACCACAGCCACCAUCUGUAGACAUACCCGAGCCAAGCAGAAAAGAUGAGGAAGUCAAGUCACCACCUUCAGCUACCAGAGAACCUGUUGCUCAGGCCACACCACCAGCUCCGAAACCAGCGCCUGCCGAAUUGGCUGCAACAUCCACAGCCAAAGCCGGUCCUCCUCCCAUCGCACCCAAGUCGAAUGCAUUCAAGGAUCGCAUCGCAGCUUUCAACAGUGCAGGAGCUGCUCCGGUUGCACCGCUCGGGACGAAAGCGCCUCGCAAUGACUACAUUAAGAAGCCAUUCGUCGCCCCGCCGCCCAGCCGCAAUGCAUACAUACCACCAGUGCAGAAGGUGGAGCCUGUACAUAAACCAUACAUACGCGACGAGGAUCCAGAGAUCAGACAGCGAGAAGAGGAAGAUCAUGCGGCCGCGGAAGCAGCUGGGUUGACAGGUGACUCGCAUGGUCCAGCUGCAGAGGAUGAAGAAGACGCACCAAAACCGAUGAGCUUGAAGGAGCGUAUGGCGUUGCUACAGAAAGAGCAGGAGGCUGCACGAAAUAGACAUGCUGUCGAAGCCCCGAGAAAGAAGCCACCGGUCAAGAAAGCAUCCGAGUCAUCCGAGCGAUCCAUCCCUCCUCCAGUGCCAGCUCAUGAAGCUGCGGAGGAAGGUGAAGGACUUGAGCGUGUACCUACUCAGCGAAAGUCAUUGGAUGUCAACCGAGAGCGACCCAGGGUACCUUCGUCCCAAAGACGGCCAGCUGAUCCAAUGUCACCUUUGCCCUCGGCACCUGCGCACGAGAUCCUCAGUGGUGGCGAGGAAGCAGACCAGUCUGGUGCUGGUGAGCUGACCGAGGAUGAUACCGGCACAAUCGGCCCCGGAGAUGACGAAGACGAGAAGCCACUCCCGGGGCCCAGAGCGGCAGCUGCACCGUUGCACGGAGCUGAUGUCGGCAACGAAGAGGAUACGAUCGAGAAUCAAGGCGAUGACGAAGAGGAGGAGCUUGAUGAGGAAGAACAGCGUAAGCAGCGCCUUCGCGAACGCAUGGCAAGACUAGCAGGUGGUCAACAAGGUGGCGGACCCUUUAAUCCCUUUGGCAUGCCACCAGCUGCAGCUCCAGCCGCGAAGAAGCGCUCAACCAGGGAGAAGCAUCCUGAAGAGGAAGCAGCGGCUUCAGCACCUCAGAUACCGCAAAUGCUCGCAAUGCCGGGCAUGGGCGGUGCGAUGCCGAAAGUACGGAGCCCGGAAGUCGAGGAGCCCGAUCACAUGAGCAGAGCUGGGACGAUACCGAGAGAUGUCGAGGCGGAUGACGAGAAUGAGGAGCCUACGCCACCUAGACGGUCGACGACGAUGGAUCGUGGCGAGGCUCCUCCUGUGCCUAAAGACCGCCCAGUCCCGGCAGCACCACAAGAACGUGCCGUACAUCCUUUGCCACCUAGCGAUACCUCUAGACCAGUACCUCGCCCACCGCCAACAGAGUCCCGGCCUGUCCCGCCACCUCCACCUGCUGCUGCGCUGACAUCGCCUGGUCCUGGCUCCGAGUCCGAUGAUGAGAUGUCUAUGCAUGCGAAGCGAUCCUCGACUGAGCAUUCUGGAAUUGAGCCACCAUUGCCUAUACGAACAGGCGCUCCACCUGUGCCUGCUCGUGAACUGCCACAGUCACCCGGCAACAAGCGUAUAUCGGCCUUUGGCAACGAGCCUAGCUCUGCAACAUCGGACAAGAGAGCAAGUCGUGUGCCACCGCCUGUGCCUGGCAGCGACAUAAUGUCGCCAGGUUCGCCAAGACCGCCACCACCUCCACCACCGACUGCGGUGCCGACGAGAACCAACACAGACUUUCUGGCAGCCGCUAACGAGGAGACGGAGCGUGGCGAGAGUGACUACGAGGGAGACUACGAUACUGAUAUUGCUUCAAGUGCACCGCACAAGGACGCGCUCAAAGGUCAUGCUCGUGAGCCAAGCGACAGCACGACCGCUGACGAGAUGACACCCGUGAGCUCUCCACCUCCACUACCGCAGCAGAACGCUCCUAGAGCUGUGCCGCCUCCUCCACCACAAGCUGCGCCACCGAAGUCUAGACCAUCUAUGGACACACCUAGAGCACCUCCGCCUGUGCCGCCACCAACUGGUAGACAAACGCAAGAUGAUGAUGACGAGUACGAUCCAUACAAGUACACAGAAGCAUCAAGAGCACCGCCACCACAAGUCCCAGGCGCUAUACCCAUCGCAGCACCACCAAUACCGCCUGAUGUGCCUUCAAUGAUCCAUGAAGAGAGUUCCGCAGACGACAUGCCGACUCCUGGUCCAGCACCUCCACCACGAAGGUCAACUGAACGAGCGCCGCCACCACCUCCAGCAGCCGAACGUGCGCCACCUAUGCCGCCCGUCUCAACGCAACCACCACCCCCUGUACAGCCAGGUAUUUCGCGCUCAGCGACAAGGCAAUCAAUGGACACUCAACGUCAAGUCAGUGGAGCAAGGAGAUCGAUGGAGCAAUCACGACCGGCCGGUGACCAAGGCCAAAUGGCGCACGACCUCGACCUGAGCCAAGACACACAAUGGUGGACAGCACCUCAGCCACUCCCUCCUUCCCUCCAGGCGCGCAACGGCAUAGAUAUCCUAUCGGAAAGCGAAGAAAGCCAGAAAUCGCGCCGAGGAGGCCGGACGACGAUAUCGAAGGAUAUCUAUAUCCUCUAUAUGGAUUAUAGCCAAACGGUCAUAACCGCGCAAUACGACUCCAAAGACCCCUCCGACAUCCAACUCGAACAACGACAUGAACCUCCGCCACCAAAGCCGAGACAAGAUCAGCUGGAAGAUUACUGGCAGCGUUUCGGCCGCAGAAUAGCGGAACAAGUCGGGAGUGUGGGACACAGCAAGAAGGAUAGCACGGUCAGCGACGGCACUCCUGCCGCAUUACCACUAGAAUCAAUCAAAGCCCACGCCGACGCCCUCCUCCCAAUCGGUACCCGCGCCUACGGCGCCCUUGUCUACGCCAACCUGGCCAACGCCUCCAUCCUCCAAAACGACGAGAUCCGCCCCGGCGACAUCAUCACCGUCCGCAACGCAAAAUUCGAGGGCCACCACGGGACGAUGCGGCAGAAGUACAAGGCUGAGUAUGGGACUCAUGCUUCUGGGGCGGGACAUGUGGGGGUCGUGGAGGAGUGGGAUGGGACGAGGCGGGCCGUGAGGGUUUGGGAGCAGGGGAGGGAGAAGAAGGGAGGGGUGAGGAGUGAGAAGUUGAGGUUGGGGGAUUUGAGGAGUGGGGAGGUUAGGGUUUGGAGGGUUGUGGGGAGGGAGUGGGUUGGAUGGGCGGAUUGA